AUGCUCCGUGUUCCUUUGUUCAACGAAACGGCCGUUCUCGAUCUGAACUGCACGCUCAAUGUCAUUCACACUGCCAAGUUUCUCCGUAAUCAGCUGUACGCUCAGGCUGCGCAGGUUUGUUCAUUCGAAUGUGUUUUUCUUCAUCUUCUUUUAGUCUUCUGGUGAAAUUCUCUAAAAAAGUUGAACAGUGAAUACAAGAUUUAAAACCAAACUCUCUUUCAAAACCUGUCAUUCCUUUCGAAAUUUUGGGGGAGGAAGCCGGUGCCAAACGGGAAAUUAUCGGAAAGCGGAAAAAAUGACGAAUUCAGGAUAACAAAUUCGGUGCGGAUAUGUACGCAGUGACGAUCAUCGGCGCAUUCGCCUCCGUCAUUGUUCUCCUCAUGUUCCGUUCAAUUCGACCUCAUCAGAGUUUGGAUGAUCAGGUAACAGACGGAAAGCGACGGAGCAGAACGGCUUUCUGACUUGCGCAUAAUGAGCACGUACAGAGCAGCAGUACACUUUGUCCGUACUCGUAAAUAGCUACCGUAACCCGUCCUUCUUCCGUAAAAGUGCUCACUCGUAAACACUCAAAAUGGCUUUUUACGGCGAAAAAAGAAACUACAAAAAAUUGUGAUUCGAAUACGAAAUUCGGGAAAGUACAAGUGAUUGCAGGUAACACUCAUGCUUUCGACGAUGAAAAUGCGAGUGGAAGUGGACGAGUACGAAAGAAGAAAAAUCAAAAUGAAGUGAGGGAAGGGUAGGAUGGGAACAUGGAAAAUGUUUGCAGGGAAGCGAAGAAGAAGGCCCAGGAGUGGAUAAACAAUCUCAAAACUAGGAGCAUUCGGAGCAUUUCGAGGAGUUCCAAACGGAGCAAGAGUUCGAUGGACACACCGCCCACAAUUCCAGGUUCACACACUCCUCCAUUCCUUUCAUUCAAACGUCUCAAUUCAGAUGUACCACUUUCGCAUCGAAAUGGAAACUGUCUGAACGUUCCGUUUUCGAUGAGCCAGCAGAUUCUGACAACUGAGGACGAGACGACCUCGGGACCCAGCUCGACCCGUCAGAGCGUCUGCAGGUUGGUUGAUCGAGAACAAGUCCAAAAAGGUUGAAAUGUGAUAGGAUUUGCAGUGCGCCGACCCCUCAUUUGCUCGAGGUCAACCUGCCGGUCCGAUCCAAUUCGCACCUUGGCUUCGUGCCAGAGAUUGUGGUGACCGAGGAACGGCCCAAGAUCUCACUGCUCCUGCCUCCGCCGACCCGUCGUCAAAAGUCAGCCACUCCGGACACCAGAAUUCAAAAGUCAUCUUCGUGCCAGCUACUUCUCUUAUCGAGGUUAUUUGAAACUUUUCGUAGAAAUCAUGUUUGACCUUGUGGAUUCUUAUCACUUCCCCCCUCGAAUAAUCUGCAAGUUCGCAGACUCCGAUAACGAUUGGCAACUAAAUGAGAGUUUCCAGAAAGUCGUCCCUGUCGAGUGCUCACAGCGUUUCGCCGUCGCUCUCCGAAGAGAUCGUGUUCAAUUUCCCGGAGAGCGGGUCCGCCACGCCCAAUGACUCACCGCCCUACGAUAUUUAG